AUGAGUGAGCUUAUUGCUACCGCACCAUUGUAUGCAAAAACUAGAGUUCAUUUUACCAAGAUUGGAAAUAUUUUAUGCACCGGCAAAGGUUGUAUCGGCUGCGACAGGAAAUUUCACGCAUGUGAAGACGAGGAUUUGUCGCAAAUUCUUGGCGAAGUUGAUUCCGUGGAUUUCAGGAAACAGGAACCUCGUUUUCUUUCAAACUCAAAUGAAAUUGCAUAUCACGAGGACAAAGCUCGUUGGUAUGGCAACACGUUUCCUGCUCGGCGGAUCGUGCUGGAGGCAAAAAGGAAACCCAGGAAAGACAGGAAAACUAAGUUGCAAAGGAUAAGAAAAAUUGAAACGGAACAAGGCGGUGUGAAAAUCAAUUCAACUAGAACUGCGCUACAGCAACGAAUCAAUAAACCUGGUUUAUUAGCGUUUCGUGAUAGUAAAGAUCUUUCGAACCGUCAACCUGAAGAAGAUUUUUUAACAAGUGGGAAAUUUAAGCAGAAAACGCAAGAAAAAAGUAAAACAGUAACUUUUGCUGCCCCUCUAGUUAGACAGAGCACAUUUACGGUUGGAGAAGAAAGAAGAAGAUUCAAAACAAGCGAUAUCAAACCUGAAAAAGGUGCACUCAAAUCAGUUCAGUUAUCAGGGAACAAACAGGGUAGUAUAAUUCAUGCAAGGUCAAAAACAUAUCCGUUUAUUACGGAAAAGAGAACAAAUUUCUUGAAAAUGCUUCAAAAUAGUAAUGUAGGAAUCUUUGACAUUGAAACAAUGCAAACCAAAAAAUCAUCGAAAUGGGUUGAAAAGGCUUUGAAAUCUGGAGCAAAAGAGGAAGACAUUUUCCCUCGGAUUCACUGUAAGGGACAGACGAGAGUGUUUAAGAAAACUAGUGAAAAUAAACCAGCGCUUGCACGGAAAGACCUCAAAGAACAAAACAACAAAAAACCACCGACAAAAACAUCUGAAAGAGAUUGUCUUGCUUAUAGAGAAACCAAAUCUGUUAUUGUGAUUGAACAUGCCUAUAAAAAAGUAAAAGAAAAUGACGACAGUCUGCAUAAGCUUGGUUUUGGAUCUCAACAAGGUCAAAGAUGUAAGGGUUUUCCUCGAGUGUCAAUCUUGGAAAUUGCAGAAAGUCUGGAUGACCUGGUACAAUUAGGAGUUGUUAAACUGAUCCAGGAAGUCCAAGGACGCUGGUUUAUUCUUGUGAGCAGCAGGAUUAUUCGCGAUUUUCUUAUUCUAAAAGGAGUUACUCUGCGUGGAAGGACUUUUGAAUUGAUUGAUUUAGAUGUCGCCGCGAAGUGACCGUCAACUAACACAAUUGCGGUUUGGACCAGCAUCCAGGCUGGACGUUGGCCGCAAUUCCUUCUUUGGCCUAAACGGGUAUGUGCCGUUGAACAGGGUAUGGUUUUCAGGGUCUUGAGCCUUUCCAAAACAUCUAAUUCUAUGAUGUUAGUGUGAAAAAUUACGUAUGAAAAAGGGUCAUGAAAUAGGGUAUCUUAUCUUAAACAGGGUAGCGGCCUUAAACUCCAGGCCUUGACAGUGAGCGGGGGGCACUCCUCUGACCAAACUUCCUUUGAGUACUCGUCUACCUAGAAUGAGUACAAAACAUUGGCUACGAGCUGAUACCAGAAUCUUCAAUUUCCCUUCUUUAAAGAAACGAUAAGUAUCCCCAGCAGCCUCUUUUAUAUGGCAGUAAUCCUUUAAAGAUGAAAUCGCGUUUUUUCAAACUUUUCCGCGUUUAUUACAAUUCUCUUGAAAUGUCAAAUGUAGACGAAUUUCCCUGGAGUUGAUUUCAUGGGAACCGCAUUACAGCUUUUAAUUAAAGAAGAGAACGAAAAAUUCGUCGUCGUUUGUUUACACCCUCCACAAAAUGUGAAAAUAGGCAUUUUCAGGUCGUAGUCUUGCAGUGACGGCAGAGAAAUGUACAAGAAAAGGGUGAUCAUGGUGAUGCAGGCGCAAAUUUGUUGUCUUGCUUUAAUAAACCUAUUGCUUUUUGAUAAUUGCCAUUGCCAAGGUGAUUACACGAGACGAUUCGCAACGACGAUUUUUAGCGCAACACAGCUUUGCAACAUUGUUUCGAAUGGUUACAAUAUUGUUCCAGCAUUGCAAAACUCUGUGUUGCGCUAAAAAUCGUCGUUCCGAAUCGUCCCGUGUAACAUCAAAGCUCCCACUUUCUUUGCGGUAGAGCGUCCACGCGAAGCGAGAGCGGCGUGCGUAGCUGUGAGGGAUUGACUUGCUCCCAGUCUUCAGGCGGCUCCACCACCGAAAAAAGAUAAAGCACUCGCCUGCUAAUCCCUCCAGCUUCUUAACUGUUUGUGGAAAGUAAAAUUCUCACAUCUUUAAUACGUGAAUAAAACAUGUGAAAAAUUCUGGCGUAGGCUAACUUUCAUUUGUUCGCGUUUUGUGCCUGGUGUCCAUCUUGAAAAUAACACCACGACACCACGAAUGUUCACGAUGUGAUCACUAAGGGUUUCCAAAGAUCCCAAAGGGUUCUUCUAUUAUAUAACUUACUAUAUGAUCCCUGGUAAUCCCAAAGUUUUUUUCGACCAACCGAUCCCAAACAUAGAUAGUGAAGAGAGAAUCAAAAGAGGAACGCAAUAUCAGAUACGCCUUCAGGAGAGUUGAUCAUCCUGUAACCAGACGCGCAUUUCAUAGUAAAUAAUAUUGAGGUAGGUAGUUUUUAGCUUGACUCAGGAAUUCAAGCUAGAGCGUAGCUUUUUUCUGCAGGGAUCUCAAGAAAUGGAAGGUGGGCUUGAUCUUUUUUGGGAGACUCACAACUGACUGAGGAGGAGAUGCCGGUCAGAAAAUUAGAAUUUUCCAAUCUAGGUGUGGAUUGGGCUUUAUAUGAUCUCUAAAGGAGACGCACAGCCAGUUGUAGGUCCCUGGCACAAUCCUAUACGAUGCUUUCCGUGCUGAACACCGUUGGUGAUACCAAUUUCUGCAAUUUCUACCCUAAAGCGAGACGACGAUUAUCCCCGUUUAUUGGGGAAAGCUUAGCGCUCUCCGUUUACCAGUCAGGGACACCCAACAACGAUUUCCUCUUACAUACAUUGAAAAUACUUUUUAGGCUGUCCAAAGUACUUUUACAUCUCUAGAAAUAAAAUUUGUAUCUGUUCGGUCAUUCGAGGGGAACUUGAGUCCUUUGGAAAUUACAAGGGCUUCAGUAUUAUUUUCCCGAUAAUGUUAGAUGCAAUUUAACGUAUUACGAGGUUUUCUUGUCGAAGAACAUGCAACCCGACCUGGCAAAAUACUGUUGAGCCUUUUCCAAGAUACAUUAAUGAUAAAACAAAAUAUUACUGUAAGCAGUACAAAGGAAGGUAAAAUACAAAAAAAGAAACAAAACUUUAAUCCCGCGGCGCGAUUCAUUCAACCAAAAUUCAGACCAGUCCGACUGGGAAAAGUGAGGUGGACCAGUUUUUUCGAAAACUCUUUCGGUUGGAUCGAACUGAUCCAUAGAGUUUUGGACCGAAAUUUCCGGAAAUUUUGGUUGAACGGAUCGCGCCCCCUGAGUUAGUUCAUCAGAAAUUUUUCUUAAACGGACCAAAUCCGUACCCAGAUCCCAUGAACCAACAGCAGCCUUGCGGUUUUUCAAAAUGGCGGCGCCACGGGGGCAUUUACUUAAUUUAUUAGUCAUACUUUUUUUUGGCUUACGUGGGACGCCAUUUAUUUUAUCUCGCUGUGUGUCCUCUUCGCGUCAUAAUCUGGGAAAAUCUACGAGCCCAAAAAGCGACGGUAUAGUUAGAAUCUUGGGUCGGCAGUGUUGGUUCAGUGUGUUCACGGGUAAGAGCAAUUAUAUCAAGCUUUCGAUUACUGAGUAGUGUUUAAUUUUACGCUGUGGCUAUUGCUGGUUUUCAGGGUCACGCCAUUCAAAAUAGAUCAAAAUAAAAAUGAAAACCGUUCAAUAGAUAAAGUCCAGAAUCUGGGAAAUGAAAGGAGGUACAUAUACAAAGACCCUGCCCAAGAUUCAGGUCAGAGGAAUAUUUCGUACAGUAUGUUGCCCAGUAUCCGGACACUUCAGUUUAAGAUUGCAAUAACUUUCCUUUGUUAAUCGCAAGAGUUCUGAAAUUUGGCCCAGAGAAAAUCUAUCUAGUCCUUAAUAUGAUGAAAGACAGUUUAACUUUUUUGCCUUUGUUUCCAUCGCGAAAUUAAUAUUUUUGCAGAGCUCCUAUGUUGCCCAGUAUCCGGACAGCUGGCUCAGUAUCCGGACACAACAAUAACAACGUAAUUGUACAUAAAUUUCGACAGGCAAGCGACUUAUAAGCUUCUCCUGCACUUGGAAAGUAGUCUGGCAAUCGAUUCCAAAAAUAUAACCUAGCAUCGUGAAAUAAAACAUAACAAAUGACUGGGGUAUGGUGGACAACGCUAGCAGCUGUUUUAAAAAUGGUAUAAUUCUUACUUCCUUGUCUAGGAACUUUUUCACUGAUUUAAGGAAGGCUUCCGUGGACAUGCCGAGGCCGUGGUUUGCAAGCUCAAUUAGCCAAUCUGCAAACGACUUUCUUUCUUCAUUUUUUAUUUUAAAAAAAGCUUGAGGAAGAGACCUCAACCCGACGGUCAAAGGUCACUCUCCUAUUUAGUCUGACCUUCAGUGUUGUUUUCUUCAUGCUCAGUCCCACAAUAAGCCUGCUUUUCUAGCUCUAAUUCCUCCUUCUUUCACAUCUCUCAAUCCCUUUGUGACAUUUUUCAGAUCGUUGCAACCCCAUUCUAGCAGUGACAACCGGGGAAAGUAUGAGAAUUCCAGGUUCAACUCAGACGCUUUCAGUUAUAUAUAGAAAAUGCAGUCACAUGAAAUAAGCCGUGCACACGAAAUCGAGUCGCCUCUGAAUGAGGGAAGAAAAUUUCCAUACGGAGUUGAGUAGAAUUACAUUUUACGACUAUAUCAUAUAUCCUAAGCUUUAAUUAUAGUUACUGAUAUGAAAUAAAUCUUAUCCGGAUAAUGUACACAGCUAAUUCAUCGAUUCUGUACAGCAAAGAAAAAACUGUCCGGAUACUGGGAAGAUGACAUCAAAACUUAGUUAAUGUUUCUGGACUCCGUUAUUCCAAACAAAUCGAAUUUCAAGAAGAAUUAAUAAACUUUCUGAAAACCUGACUUCCUUAAGUAUCUUCACUUUAAAAAUAAAACAGUUUCUUUGAAAAUAUCACACAUAACCCUCCCUUUUCUGAACAGCACUAAUUUUACUGCGCAGUAAACAGCGUAAAUAUUAGCCAUGAAAAGUUUACUCACCUGAACAGAAUGGCGUCUUCAGUGACUGUUUCGCAAGCUUUCAAGUCGUCCAAACUUUCUUCUUAAAGCUGAAAUGUUCAGCUUUCAUUCGAAAUACUUCGUUUACCGAGAACUGAAAAGGGCUCCUCAAAAAUUGAGUUUUUGUUUCAAGUGUCCGAAUACUGGUACCGUCCGGAUACUGGGCAACAUACUGUAUACGAGAUAUCCGAAAAAAUGUUUUACCCAAACUUUAUAGAGAUUAGUAUGGAGUCCGAGACGCCAUGCUGGUGCUCAUCUGGAUGAGCUCCAACAUGGCAGACAGAAACCAACAGAAACAUCUGUUACCGAAUUUUGCUACAAGAGCGUGAAUUUAUUCUUCGAAAAACUCAUAAAGUAAUACUUUUUCUAACACACGAACUGUUUAGAUAGCAAAAUUUUCUGAAAUAGGUCAUUGUUUUAACCCACAUGACAGCUCUCUUGGCCGUCAUGUAAAUACCGCGUCACACAAAAGCUUAGAAAUUCAAGCGUACUCUAUUACAAAACCAAGAACCCUUUUGAAGCGAAAAUUUGUGUGAAAAUUAGUUUUCAGCUGCUCUAAUACAUCGUGAAAGUAAAAUCUCAGUAGGAUUGAUGUUUUUUAGUUUGAAUUUUAGUGACGUCAUGUGAAAACCAACAAUAUGGCUGGUAACCGGUCAAGGUUUUUAAAACACUAAAUGACUGGCAGUCCUAUAUUCAGGGUCGGCCUGAGGGGGUAGUGGUAUACCAGUAUACCCGAAAAAAAUUCACCAAAAUACCCAAAAAUACCCAAAAUUCAUCCAAAUAUACUCAAAAUUAUACCCAGGUAUACUUUAUACCUGAAAUUCAAAGAAAGUGAUAUACCGAAUACCCGUAUUUAAGCUCUAAUAUACUGUAUACCCAAUUUAAAAAGCCCCUGUAUACCGUAUACCCAAAAACCCUGGCCGACCCUGUAUAUUGUCAGUAAAUUUCACAAAAUCGAAAAAUCCCAGCUAAUCUAUGAGGAUAAAGAAAGGUCAAGCGAUCCUGAAAUGCUUUAUAGAUCUCAAAUCUAGCGUUUGGUUUACGCUGGGCUCAGAAGACGAAACCAUCAGUUCUGUGACACUUAGAACUUUAUUGAGCUCGACUGCCGGUCAAGGUUUUCAUACACUAAAUGACGAGCAGUCCUAUAUUCUCCGUAAAAUUUCACAAAUGGAAAAAAUCCAGCUAAGCCAAACUAUCAUAUGUCGAUUAAGAAAAGUCAAGCGAAAUUUACUGAGAAAUAUUAUGUAGGACUGCCAGUCAUGUUUUCAACACCUUGACCAGCAGUCGAGCUCAAAAAAGUUUUAAGUGUCACUUAUUAAACAUGGUUUCGUUUUCUGAGCUCAGCGUAAACCAAAUGCUAGACUUGAGAUCUAUAAAGCAUUUGAGGAUCACUUGACUUUUCUUAAUGACAUAUGAUAGCUUAGAUUAGCUGGAGUUUUUUGAUUUGUGAAAUUUACUGAAAAAAUGGGACUGCCGGUUACCGGCCAUAUAACCACAGCGAUAAAUUGGGUUAAUUUUAGUUACAGGCUGGUGAAAAAAUUUGCAUUCUGAGACCCCAAAUGAAAAAAAGUAUGCAAUAAAAAAAACUUCCAAACCUUCUUAUAUCAGACAUCCUAUUAAGCCAUAUUAUUGAUAUACCAAGUGAUAAAUGAGGAUAUGUAGGUCACCCCCUGUGCAAUAGGGUUGAGGUUAAAAUUAGCACCGCAGAUGAUGGACCUGUAAAAAUUGUAAUUUUUUUUUUGUUAUCAGGACUAAAAUGGGCAGUAACCAUAGCAACUUGCCUCCGAGGCCGAUUGGUUUUGCUUACAUGUGCAUAACCAUUCGUGACUCAGAUACACUGAGCAUUAUCCUUGGCAGUGAUCAUGAGGCAUCCAUCAUACGCCAGAUCAUACAAGAAACAUGGCCCAAAGGGAUGCAGAAAGAAACCUUUGAGCUCAAUGGAGUAUACAAGUUCAGAUUGAAGGGUAGCCCAUUUUCCCCUCUUAGUUCAUCAAGUAAAGCAAUUGCUUGCAGAAGAAUGGCCGAGAGAAUUUUGAACAGGCUAUACCAGCUUGGAUGGAAGCUUCAGAUGACAAGCAACUUAUCCCAAGAGCUUGAUCUGGCCACUUGGAUAUUUAAGAAAGUUCCAGUUCCAGAAUUUACUCCACCCCCAUUUCUUGUUGUUGGCCUCAGUAAUCUUGAUAGUUUGAUGAUACUCAAUGCUCCCAGUCAACUCCAUCAAGUCUUCAAAGAUGCCAUAGAAGAAUCAUGGCCCAGUGGAAUACAGAACUGGACAGUUGACAAUGAAUUGCUGUCCAUCAAGCUGAAAGGUAAGCCAUGGCUUCCAGGUGGAGAGGACACUGUCCAUUCAAGAGUAAUGCUGCAAGCAAUCAUCAGCAAUCUCACAACAAAACAUUGGAAUUUAUAUGGAAAUUCCAAUAUCAGGGCUGACAGCAAUACAUUCUUCUUUGAACACAACCCAAGCAUGGUACCAUGUGAGCUCCCACAUCCACCUCAUUUCAUAAUUACCUUCAACAUGAAUGAUGUGCUAAGGGUGAUUGGCCUCCCAGAAAGCUUAGUGCCUGUGAUUCAAAGUACUAUCCAAAGUGCUUGGUCAAAAGGAAUUGAAAAAGAAUCACACUAUGCUGGGAGUUACCAGUUCAAGCUUAAAGGAUGCCCAUGGUGGGCAUCAGGAAACGAGGCAGUAGAAUCCAGAUUCCUUGUCAUGAAACUGAUGGAAGUUCUAUUAGCUCAUGGUUGGAGCCCUAUCACUGCAUUUGACAGCUCAAGAAAAUGGUGUGAUAAGAGAUCUCUGCUUUUCAGACAGACUCAGCCUCGGAACACACCAUUUUUCUGUUUGAGUCCAUAUCUCAACGACAAACUGCGGUUCAUUAAUGCACCAGAGGAUGUAAUCAAGGUAUGUUAUGACAAAGUGAGGGGUUCUUCCAUUAAUGUAUGGGUCACCAAAUGUCCCCCAAAAAAUAGACUUUUAAGCUUUUCUGUACUGUAGUUUGGAAUUGAGCUCACUUACCCAAAAUUGGAAAUAUUCUUCACUUUAUAGUACAGUGUCUGGGGCAUUUUUGCACGUAUUUGGGCACUGACAAAGAUUAUUUCUUUAUAGUGAAUUUUGAUGCUUGUUUGUCAUGUAAGACUUUUUAUUAUAAUGUAACAGCCAACCUAUAAUUUUGGGACUCCGUCAAUUUGUGUUUAUCAUGAGGGAAGGGGGGGUUGGGUUGUUUUUGAGGGAGGUAAUGCAAAAAAGGAGUCUCCAGAUUUGGAAUUGGAACCCCGGCCAAAUUUGUAGAAGGCAAGUGGUCUCUUCACUACUGUCAUCCUUGCUCGCUAAAAAUAAGGGCAACAACAACAAGAAUAACCUUAUUUACUCUCAGUAAAACGAAUCAUUAGGCAAAAAAGGGUAUGAGUCAUCAGGGUUGUUUUCUUUUUCACAUUUUUAGAUCUGCCAGAAUGUCAUCCGAUCCCAGUAUGCCCCUGGUAUUAAAAACAUGAAGCAGUGUGGUAACAGCCUGAAGUUAAAGCUUCUUGGUAAUCCUUGGUGUGCCUCAGUUAGUGGUCAUAGUGAAAUCCAUGCCAGAAACAUGAUAUGCCAUUUAAUUAGUGCUCUUGCAAACCAUGGUUGGAUGGCACUAAUAUCUGCUGAUUUCUCAGGGAAACUUUUCUGUAAAGGAGGCACAGGCUGCCCAUAUGAUGUUGACAGUUUUUUCUUCAUUUAUGAGCCUGCAGUUGGGUCUACACCACCAAUAGCUCUAUCCUCGCAAAUGUCAUAA